AUGUUAGCCAAGAUUGCCGGGCUGGUGCUGCUGCUCUCACUAUUGCAGCUUGUGCUCUGCGCCGAGGACUACUACAAGAUUCUUGGCGUCGACAGGUCUGCCAACGACAAGCAAUUAAAAACGGCCUACCGCCAGCUGUCCAAAAAGUUUCACCCAGACAAGAACCCUGGUGAUGAUACCGCCAAGGAAAAGUUCGUUUCCGUGUCCGAAGCCUACGAAGUCUUGAGCGACCCCGAAACUCGCCAAAUCUACGAUCGACACGGACACGAGGGCGUGCAGAAUAAGCGCAAUGGAGGAGGGGGCGGCGGCGACCCGUUUGAUCUCUUCAGCCGAUUCUUCGGUGGCCACGGCCACUUUGGCGCUUCUCCUGGCGAGCCGCGCGGGCAUAACGUCGAGGUCAAGGUCGAAAUUUCUCUCCGCGACUUUUACAACGGUGCCACAAGCGAGUUCCAGUGGAACAAGCAACAUAUUUGCGAGACAUGCGAGGGUACCGGAAGUAAAGAUAAACAAGUCGACCACUGCUCUACCUGUAAUGGCCACGGAGUGCGCAUUGUCAAAAAGCAGCUUGCUCCUGGCAUGUUUCAGCAGAUGCAGAUGCGCUGCGACGCGUGCGGCGGCCGAGGAAAGACGAUCCGGAAUGUAUGCCCGACAUGCCACGGCAUGCGAGUCGAAAAGAAACCCACGACGGUAACACUCAAGAUUGACCGCGGUGCAAAGCGCGACUCGCGUGUCGCCUACGAAAACGAAGCCGACGAGAGCCCCGACUGGGUCGCUGGCGAUUUGCUGGUCACAUUGGCAGAGAAAAGCCCUUCACCAGAGGACAAUCCCGACCACGUUGAUGGUGUCUUCUUCCGCCGCAAAGGUGACGAUCUCUACUGGACCGAGGUGCUCAGCUUGCGCGAAGCCUGGAUGGGCGACUGGACUCGGAACCUCACACAUCUUGACCGGCAUGUGGUGCGCCUAGGCCGCGAACGAGGGCAAGUGGUUCAGAGCGGCCAUGUCGAGACGGUCAUUGGCGAGGGAAUGCCCAAAUGGCACGAAGAUGGUGAUUCCGUCUACCACAAACACGAAUUUGGCAACUUGUACGUAACUUACGAAGUUGUGCUGCCCGACCAGAUGGACAAGGCUAUGGAAAAAGACUUUUGGGUGCUGUGGGAAAAGUGGCGGAAGAAGAAGGGCAUUGAUCUACACGAGGAUAGCGGCCGACCUGCACACGACGAGCUGUGA